AUGGCUGCAACGCGCGCAAGGCCCCAAACCCGAGAGAUCUUUACCACGAUGGAGUACGGACCGGUGCCCGAGAGCCACGCAUGCGCACUGGACUGGCUGGACACCCAGGACCGCAACUUGGGUCACUACGUCAAUGGGAAGUGGCGGAAACCAGAAGGCAGGAGUGCUGUGCCCUGUCAGGAUCCCAUCACAGGAGAGAGCUUGGCCACUUGCCUGCAGGCAAAGGAUGAGGAUGUGGCGGAAGCCGUGGAGGCAGCCAGGUCGGCCUUUGAGAAGUGGAGCAGCCUCCCCGGGACCCUUCGGGCCCAGCACCUGACCAGGCUGGCCAAGAUGAUCCAGAAGCACCAGCGACUGCUGUGGACGCUGGAGUCCCUGGUCACUGGGAGAGCUGUUCGAGAGGUCCGAGACAGGGAUGUCCCCCUGGCCCAGCAGCUGCUGCAGUACCACGCGGGCCAGGCAUACACCCAGGAGAGGGCGCUGGCUGGCUGGGAGCCCGUGGGGGUGGUUGGCAUCAUCCUGCCCCCAAGUUUCUCCUUCCUUGAGAUGAUGUGGAGGAUUUGCCCUGCCCUGGCGAUGGGCUGUACUGUUGUGGCACUGGUGCCCCCUGCCUCCCCAACACCCCUUCUCCUGGCCCAGCUGGCUGGCGAGCUGGGCUCCUACCCCGGAAUCCUCAAUGUGCUCUGCGGCCCCCCCUCUCUGGGGCCUGUCCUGGCCGCCCAGCCUGGAGUCCACAAGGUGGCCUUCUGUGGAGCUGUUGAGGAAGGACGUGCCCUCCGGCGGGCCCUGGCAGGCGGGGGUGCCGAGCUGUCCCUGGCCCUGGGGACGGAGUCGAUGCUGGUGCUGACCGACACCGCGGAUGUGGAUUCGGCCGUGGAGGGGGUGGUGGACGCAGCCUGGUCAGACCGCAGCCCGGGAGGCCUCAGGCUCCUCGUCCAGGAGUCCAUGUGGGAAGAGACCAUGAGGCGACUCCAGGCACGGAUGAGGCAGCUGCGCUGUGGCCGAGGGCUGGACGGGGCUGUGGACAUGGGGGCCCGAGGGGCUGCUGCAUGUGACCAGGCCCAGCGUUAUGUCCAAAAGGCCCAGAGCCAGGGUGCACAGGUCUUCCAAGCUGGGGAUGUGCCCACAAACAGCCCGUUCUUCCCUCCGACCUUGAUUUCCGACCUACCCCCGGCUGCCCCGUGCGCCCAGGCAGAGGUGCCGUGGCCUCUCGUCGUGGCCUCCCCGUUCCGCACAGGCAAGGAGGCCCUGGCCGUGGCCAACGGGACGCCCCGGGGCGGCAGUGCCAGUGUGUGGAGCGAGAGGCUGGGGCAGGCGCUGGAGCUGGGCCACAGGCUCCAGGUGGGCAUAGUCUGGAUCAAUGCCCAUGGCCUCAGCGACCCUGCGGUGCCCACGGGUGGGUGCAAGGAGAGCGGCUCUUCCUGGCAUGGGGGCCUAGACGGCUUCUAUGAGUACCUGAGGCCCUCGGCGGCCCCUGCCCGGGUGGCACACCUUUCUGAGAGUCUCAACUAUGACACCUUUGGCCUUGCUGUUCCCUCAUCCCUACCUGCUGGGCCUGAAGUGGGACCCAGCCCAGCACCCCCCUAUGGGCUCUUUGUAGGGGGCCGUUUCCAGGCCCCAGGAGCCCGGAGCUCUAGGCCCGUCCGGGAUCCCUCCGGCAGCCUCCAGGGCUACGUGGCUGAAGGUGGAGCCAAGGACGUCCGAGGCGCCGUGGAGGCUGCGCACCAGGCUGCCCCUGGCUGGGCGGGCCAGUCUUCAGCAGCACGGGCGGCCCUGCUCUGGGCCCUGGCAGCCGCGCUGGAGCGUCGGGCGACCACCCUGACCUGCAGGCUGGAGAGACAUGGAGUGGAGUCCAAGGCCGCCAAGGCGGAGGUAGAGCUGAGUGUGGAGCGACUUCGGGCGUGGGGAGCCUCCCAGGCCCAGGGCCACGCUCUGCAGGCUGCGGCGAUGCGGGGCCCGGUGCUGUGUCUUCGGGAACCUCUGGGUGUGCUGGCCAUUGUGUGCCCGGAUGAGUGGCCCCUGCUCGCCUUUGUCUCCCUGCUGGCCGCUGCCCUUGCCCACGGCAACACAGUGGUGAUGGUGCCCAGUGGGACCUGUCCACUGCCUGUGCUGGACAUCUGCCAGGAUAUGGUUACCCUGUUCCCAGCUGGCCUGGUGAACGUGGUGACGGGAGACCGGGACCAUCUGACCCGCUGCCUCGCCUUGCACCAGGACGUCCAGGCCCUGUGGUAUUUUGGGUCUGCCCAGGGCUCGCGCUUUGUGGAGUGGGCCUCCGCAGGCAACCUCAAGUCCGUAUGGGUGAACGGGGGCUGCUCUCGGGCCUGGGACCAAGAAGAUGAGGGGGCUGGUCCGGAAUUCAGACUUCGAGCAGCACGGACCAAGGCCCUGUGGCUGCCCAUGGGAGACUGA